GGUGGUGGUGGUAAUCCCUGCAGCUCCUUUCCUCGGCUGCUGCGGGUUGCUAUGCCGUUUGCCAACAAAUGGCAACUAUCCUAGCACACCUCUUCCUCGUACACCGGUAAUCGUGCUCCCCCAUGUCGAUGCGGCGUCGUUCGAGCCACGCUAUGGCUCUUGUGAUUGUGGGCGUCGCCGCUGGCUUCAUCUCCAGUAGCCAGCGCGGAUGCUCCCUUGCAGCUGGAAGGUUCAGUGAGGAUAGAUGAACUUGGACAGCGCUGCCGGAAUGAUCGACACUGCUUCGACCACAGCAUCAGACACGUGAUUUGUGUGGAUAGUCGAUGCGUCUGUCGAGACGGCUACAAACCUGCCAUCGUAGACGAUUGGGUUGAAUGCAAGCCUGAGACCUUGAUAGGUGACAGUUGCUCUUCAUCAAAACCAUGUUCGCGUUAUUCACGAGCAGUGUGCCUCAAUGGAACGUGCAUGUGCAAGGAUGAUACGUACUUUGCUGAUGAUCACUGCGAGAAGUUCACCUCGUUUGAAAAGCAAGGAGGGGAGAGCUUCCAUUCUACGUCCAAGUUCAACGUCCUUGCUGUCCUCAUGAUUGUUGCCAUUUUAGUCGUCGCACUACUGUUCCUCGUAAACCAGAGGAACAUGUUUUUUUAUUUUCCAUGCUGCAUGAGGGAUUCCACACUUGCUGUCCUGCAGCAGACAGCUGCAGUCACCAUUCCUGCAGACCAGCAUGUUGCUCCGAGCAAUAUUCACGGUAUUCACACUUCAAACUCUCAAGGCUCAUUGAAUAUAUACCAGAUGCAGCAAGACAAGCCCCCAUCUUAUGCAGACACUGUGCUCAGUGUGCAAUACCUCCCGUCGUACCAAGAGGCAGCAGCAGCACCACCAGUCCCCAAGCCAUCGUGAAUCAAUCGUCGGUGAAAUGAGGCGAAAGCUCUCCCAGCAGUCCCCGUGUCUGAAUCCUGCAGUGGAAUCCUUACCACACCAGAGACUCGGAAGUCAUCGAAGAGCACUGCACGAAGGCCACAGCCACAUUUGACACGGAACUUGUUCUGCUUGUCCCAGUGCAAAGUCUUCUCCAGAAGCAGUGGCUCCAUGUCCCCCUGAAAAGCGCUAGUCAUAGGUGUGUGCACAUAUGUACACAGCUGUAUAGCUAGCUGCAGCUGUUUCCCCUAACCCAGCUGAUGUGCUUCCCGCAAGUGUGUGUACACAAAUUGACGUGGCCUAUGCUUUCUCUAGCCGUCUGUGGAAAGCUAUUUACCCAAGUAUGCAAAGCAUUCAGCAGUUUUUUGUGAAGAGCUGUCUAGCCAAGUUAAAACGUCCUGUAGUUAUUUGUUGAAAACUGCUGUACCUGCGUUGAACUACAGUGGGGUUGUUCCUGCAGCUCUUAGUUCUUGUUUUCAUGUUCUUGUGCAGCGUCGUGUUCACUUCUGUGAUGAGACCGAGUAUUCCGGAGACAUAAUGUUGUGAAGCCUAUUAACUAGGUUACUCGUGGGCAGAUAAAACACUUUUUCCUUCCCGUUCAUUCUUAAAGGCACGUGUUGUAUGUAUUUUUUGUUUGCCUUUAAAGCCCCCAGAUGGGCAUCAUGGAACUGCCUGUUGUGCUGUCUCUGUUAUGCCUAUGAAUGUUUACUUGUACAGUCGUGUCUUUCUGAGAGGAAAAAAAAAACCAUGCUUGGAACUGCAUGUGAUAAGAGUGCAAGUGGGACUUGAUAUGCAGUCAUGUUAAUUGAAGCAUGGCAGUCUACUUUAAAUUUUGUCCUUUGCAACUCUUGGUUUUGAGUUAACAGCUUUGCAUCUCGUAGAUCCCAUGGAGUUGAACGCCAGGGAGUUGCUGAACCUUGUGAUACCCAGAGUGUGCAAAUGUAUUGCUCCGCUUGCUUUUUGUUUUUCAUGCUAUAGCACCAAGCAGUUUAAUUGCAGUUGCUAUCAGUGAUUGAGACAUGUGAUUAUUAUAGAUACUAUAAACGGUGGUGAUGAUAGCAACCUAUUAUACAAGUGUCUCACUCCAGUAUUGGAGGUAGUGUCGCCCUUAGAGAGAUUGCAAUUUAGUUUUGCUACACCAUGUACAAUGUGUGUGCGUGUCAGAACUUUUUUUUUUUGUCACUGCUGUUCACAAAGCAGAAUAUUAAAAACACCUCUCGACAGGUGUCAUCACAGUACACUUCUAUGCAAAUAUAUCUAGCUGCGCUAAAUGUAGCCGCACCUGUAAUAACUAGCAACCCGAUGCAGAAGCAAAUGAAAGAGUAUAUUAUACAUAUAUAUUAAAUGUAGCACAGUUUUCUAGCUACAUACCCACACUUGAGUGCUCUUAGCAUUUCUACUUGAGGUAUCACCCUGCAGUGUAUUAUGCUACAUACACAUAAGUUGUGUUAGCCUCUAUACCUUCCCAGUAAUGCAUAGUAUUUUUUUAAAUGAAGUGUUUCUCACAUUGAAUCCUCAAACAUUGUUCCCAGCAUGCUGGAAAGUCGUUUUGUGCAUUGUUGGUGGUACUGUACCACAAGUGGCCACCAGGCUUUGUCAGCAAUGCCCUAUUCAUCUACAAUGUUGUGUGUAUGCUUCCAAGCAUUUUGCUGCUUGAAGUUCUCAUUCAUGACUGACACUGCUUUGCAGGCCCAAUGUCACGUCAGAGUCUCUGGUGUUUCGACUGUUGUGCACGAUUGAGCCAUCUUCUCAUAGUGUUAGUGUGCUGCUUUUUUUUUUCUUACAAAAAUGAAUCUCAUGCCUGACCUUUAUAGUCAGACGAAAUGUCGACGCAUGAGCACACUCGGCACAACGAAGCUACGCUAACAAAUGAACAUCUAUCUCUGGUUCUUUGUGAGGCAUGACUAACACAUCUCCCGUCUCUCGGCACGUCCCAGAUGCGGUACGCUACAUUACGCGCCAGCUAUGUUACCCACACUUCACCACACCUGCAUCUUCUCAUGAUGAAGGGAUGUUGGGCAUACAUCAAGGUGGCAUGAUGCAGCGUGCGAACGGGGGUAUAGAGUGCUCUGUUUCCGUGUCAAUGUAACGUGACGAACCUGGCAUCACCAUCUUCUACCACCACUUGAUGAAACGAAAGCUGUGCUAGACUAUAGAGGGACCUUUACUGUCAGUGCCAUUGUAAAAUUUGAAGCCGUUGUUCAAAUAUCCAAGUCUCUCACUGGAGUGGAAAAAAAUUAAAAAAAAAAGCUUGUGCUCAUGUGAAAGUGGUGUUGAGUUCAUGCCAUUGGUAAUGUUGUGGUCACUCUCGCUUAUGGCAUGCCGUGCUUCUGCUACACAAACCUUGUCAUGAUGUGAAUGCAGACCAAUUUAUUUUUUGCAUGCAAUUUUUUUAGCUCUUUUUGAGCUGGAAAGCACAGUCGGUGCUGGAAGCAAUGUCUAGCUACCUCUUAGGAUCUGCAAAAUGAUGAGCAACCAUCAUUGUAAAAGAGAUUUCAUUUUGGCAUGUACCUUAUAUUUAAGUACUUUAUUUCUAUUUACAAAACUGUUUCUUUAUUGUUGUUUGUUAUUGUGUGUGUUACCUUCUGCAGACUGUUUGUUAACUUAUACUUUUUCUUCUUCCGAGUGAAUGUUUUUUGCACCACUCGCAAAUAAUGAGUACUAUACAUGUCCACAAAUUCCUUGUGUAUAAGCCUUGUCGUGACAGACUGUGCAGCUUAUUCUUGAUAGUUGUUUACUUUGAUUGUGCACAUAUCUUUUUCUUCUCAUUUGUGGUCACAGACAUGCUUGCAAGGAGUUCUAGUUUGAAUUAAACUGUUCCAAUUUGUUGAAU